AUGGCUUCUUCAGCCUCUACCAAAUCAAUCUUCCCUUCACCUUUGUUCUCUUCUUCUUCAUCAUCCUCUUCAAAAUCAAGAUCUUCAAAAAUCCCCAAUCUCUCAUUCCUAAGCUCCAACACUUUUGGAACCAAACCCAACGACAUCAACAUCAUUAAACUUUCAUGUCAACAACGUUGUUUUGUGGUCAACAGUGUUUUAAAAACCGUUGACCAAACAAAACAAACCAUUUCCAACAACGUUGUUGUUGGAAACGAAAAACCAACGAUCUUGGUCUCCGAGAAGCUUGGAGAAGCAGGUUUACAAGUUUUGAGAAAACUAGGAAACGUGGUGUGUGCUUAUGACCUUUCACCUGAAGAGCUUUGCACCAAGAUCUCUACCUGUGAUGCUUUGAUUGUGAGAAGUGGUACCAAAGUUACGAGGAAAGUGUUUGAAGCUGGUAAAGGGAAGCUGAGAGUUGUUGGUAGAGCUGGUGUUGGGAUUGAUAAUGUGGAUCUACAAGCUGCUACUGAAUUUGGUUGUCUUGUUGUGAAUGCUCCUACUGCUAAUACUAUUGCUGCUGCAGAACAUGGAAUUGCACUCCUUGCUGCCAUGGCUCGUAAUGUUUCUCAGGCUGAUGCUUCCCUCAAAGCCGGAAAAUGGCUAAGAAGCAAGUAUGUGGGAGUAUCAAUGGUUGGAAAAACAUUAGCAGUAAUGGGAUUUGGAAAAGUUGGAUCUGAAGUUGCAAGACGUGCAAAAGGGUUAGGAAUGAAUGUGAUAGCACAUGAUCCUUAUGCUCCAGCUGAUAGAGCACGUGCUGCUGCUUUUGCUAAGAUGAAGAAAGGUGUGAGAAUCAUCAAUGUUGCUAGAGGUGGUGUUAUUGAUGAAGAUGCUUUAGUCAAAGCACUUGAUAGCGGAAUUGUUGCUCAGGCAGCGCUUGAUGUGUUCACCGAGGAGCCUCCGGCCAAAGACAGUAAGUUGGUGCAACAUGAGAAUGUGAUUGCUACACCUCAUCUUGGAGCCAGCACCAAAGAAGCACAGGAAGGUGUGGCUAUUGAAAUAGCAGAAGCUGUUGUUGGUGCAUUGAAUGGUGAACUUUCAGCAACUGCUGUCAAUGCUCCUAUGGUUGCUCCGGAGGUGUUAUCAGAACUGGCUCCAUAUGUUGCUUUGGCUGAGAAGCUAGGGCGGUUAGCAGUGCAGUUGGUAUCCGGAGGAAGCGGAAUCCAGUCGAUCAAAGUGGUUUACCGAUCGGCUAGGGGCCCUGACAAUCUAGAUACUAGACUACUCCGCGCCAUGAUCAUAAAAGGUGUCAUUGAACCCAUAUCAAACACAAUUGUCAACCUUGUUAAUGCGGAUUACAUUGCAAAGCAAAGAGGCCUUCGCAUAAGCGAGGAAAAAGUCGCUGUUGAUUCGUCGCUUGAGCUACCUGUUGAGUCAAUCCAGAUACAGAUAUCGAAUGUGGAGUCCAAAUUCGCUAGUGCUGUAUCUGAGGGUCAGAUAAGCAUUGAUGGAAAAGUGAAACAGAUCGAUCAACCUGGGAUGAUCGGUCUUGUCGGAAACAUAUUGGGCCAACAAAAUGUGAAUGUGAGCUUUAUGAGUGUUGGAAGAACAUCUCGCCGCCAGAAAGCUAUUAUGGCAAUCGGUGUCGAUGAAGAACCAAAUAAGGAAGCUCUUGAAAACAUUGGAGCUGUCCCUGCCGUUGAGGAGUUUGUGUUUCUCAAGCUUUAG